UUCCACAGAGGAGAGGAAACAGGGUGGAGGGAGAUUGCAAAGAAGCACUGUUCUACACUCCAGACCCCAGACCUCCAGACCUGAGGUCCGACAACACCCAAUGGAAGACAAAAAGAAGAAACGGAGUCCUAAGCCCUGUCUGACCCAACCAGCCCAGGCCCCAGGCACACUGCGCAGAGUCCCUGUGCCCACCAGCCAUAGUGGCUCCUUGGCCCUGGGACUCCCUCAUUUGCUGUCACCCAAGCAGCGAGCCAAGUUCAAGAGAGUAGGCAAGGAGAAAUGCCGCCCCGUGCUGGCUGGAGGUGGAGGCGGCGCUGCGGGCACACCCCUGCAACACUCCUUCCUGACUGAAGUGACAGACGUCUAUGAGAUGGAGGGAGGGCUACUGAACUUGCUCAAUGAUUUCCAUUCAGGCCGCCUGCAGGCCUUUGGGAAAGAAUGUUCCUUCGAGCAGCUGGAGCACGUUCGGGAGAUGCAGGAGAAGUUGGCCAGACUGCACUUCAGCCUAGAUGUGUGUGGGGAAGAAGAGGACGAGGAAGAGGAAGAGGAUGGGGUCACAGAAGGCUUGCCUGAGGAGCAGAAGAAGACAAUGGCUGACCGCAACCUGGACCAGCUGCUUAGCAAUGUGGGUCAUAGAGCUGUCUGGUUUGGAUCCUGGGGACACCAAGGGUGGAGAGGGCACAGAGCUCCCAAGUCUCCCAGUGAAAAGUUGAGGGUACGUGAACUCAAGAGCUGUGGGCUCCUCAAGCUUCACUAGUAGGACUUCCCCAGAGCAGCCAGGUUUGUUCCGGGUCCCCUGACAUAAACCUCCUUUUCCCUCUGUUGACAGCUGGAAGACCUUAGCAAUUCCAUACAGAAGCUGCACUUGGCAGAGAAUGCUGAGCCUGAGGAGCAGCCAGCCGCAUAGGUGCUGCCUGGACUCUUCUGCUUCUCUCUUCUCUUCAAACUGUGACUUUUUACGGAUUCGGGAGCUCCCUAGGUGCUAUGAGGUCGGGGGCACUGGUUGGAAUUAAACAAACGGAAAAGCUA